AUUACUUUAUCAUAAAAUAAUACAAAAAGAAGAGUUGGUGACUAUGUUCCUCCUUCCUAGAAGCUUCCUCAGUAUAGAGAAAGAAUCAUUUAUGAAUUCUAUAUAACAAAGGGUUGACCCCAAAUCAUCCAACAAUGCUAGUUCCUAUUCAGUUGUUAGAUAGCAACUUCUCCUAGGUUUGUUCCCAGAUAUAUUCACUAGAGUCUAUAAUAUUUUUACUUUAAUUGAUUCUUCUUCUAUCUAUUCUAGAUAUGAUUAUGGUAUUAUCCUAAACAGGAUCAGCUAUUUAGUUUUCUGAAUCUUGCUUUUCCUGUUUUGUCUUUGGUUUAGUUGAUUCAUCCAAGUUUUCCUAGUCAGAUAAAUAUAUUCUUGGUUUCUCAGAAACAAUCUUCCAAAAUAUCCAUUAUAAAAGUCUCAAUUUUUUUGGUUCAGUUUUGGUAAUAGUCUUGCUUCAAAAUGCUUUCUUCAAACACCUUUUUGCCAGAUUUUUGUGUUCCUAACACAGUAAACCAAGUAACAGAUGGUUCUGAGUUGGAAAGUUCAACAUCUUCACCUUCAUCUUUCACAAGCUCAAAUGAAGAAUCCUCAGAAGGGUCAAGAUAUUCUAAUAACUUCCUGAGAUACAUAACUGACAUCCUCAUGGAUGAAGAAGAUGAGUUAGAGCGCCAACCCUGCAUGUUGCAGGAAUGUUUAAGACUCCAAGCUGCUGAAAAAUCAUUCUAUGAUGUUCUUGGCCAGAGCUAUCCUAAUUCAUCAUGUGAUGAUACCACUGACCCCGAUGGAAAUUUUGGUCCCGCCGCUAGUUUUGAGAGCAAUAGCAGCAGCUGCACCACUGAUAACACGUAUGAAUCUGAUUGGGUCAAUCUUGUUGGAGAAAUUGAGUCUUCUUCAUUACCAAUACAAACCCCUUUAGUAGAACAAAACUACUAUUAUGUGACAGAACCUGAUCCGAUUGUCUUCGAGUCACAAGCUGCUAAUUAUUUUCAUACUGGAACUAGGAGUUGGAAUGAUAUUCAACCAGUGGUGGUUGCCGAGGUUUCAGCUUCAUUAGUACCAAGAGAAAAGAGAAGUUAUAAAAAUACUGAUGAUAAUGAUGAUACUUGUAAUGAAGAAGAGGGAAGAGGUAGCAAGGUUUCAGCUAUCUUCUCUGAUGAAUUAGAGCCACCAGAGAUAUUAGAUGAGGUACUUCUUUGUCAGACAGGAAGUACUCAAAACCAUCAAGCAUCACAAAAUGUUGAUUCAGUAGGAAAGGCAACGGCUACUAGUUCACGUUCAAAGAAAGUAUCUAGAAAUAACAAUGCCCCAGCUGUGGAUUUGUGGACCAUGCUAACUCAAUGUGCGCAGGCUGUAGCGAACUAUGAUCAAAGGAAUACAAAUGAGCUUCUCAAUCAGAUUAGGCAACAUUCUACGCCAUAUGGGGAUGGGCUCCAGCGUUUAGCUCAUUACUUUGCUAAUGGUCUUGAGAUCAGAUUGGCUGCCGAGACGCCUUCUUAUAAGGCGCUUGAUGUGGCAACUGCUGGAGAUAUGCUGAAAGCUUACAAACUAUUUGUUACGUCGUCUCCUUUGCAGAGAAUGACAAAUUUGUUGUUAACCAAAACGAUUCUCAGUGUAGUGAAGAACGAGAGCAGCAUUCAUAUUAUCGAUUUUGGAAUUUGCUAUGGUUUUCAGUGGCCAUGUCUUAUCAAAUCACUUUCAUCACGACAUGGCGGUCCUCCAAAGCUUCGCAUUACGGGAAUUGACCUUCCUCAGCCAGGAUUUAGGCCUGCAGAGAGGGUGGAGGAAACCGGGCGGCGGUUAGGAAACUUCUGCAAGAAGUUCAAUGUCCCGUUUGAGUACAACAGCAUUGCACAGAAAUGGGAAACUAUCCGGCUCAAGGAUCUAAAGAUAGACAGGAAUGAAACAACUCUUGUUAGCUGUUUGUAUAGACUGAAAAACCUUCCUGAUGAAUCUGUGGCAGUGAAUUGUCCAAGAGAUGCUGUGUUGAAGUUGAUUAAAAAGAUUAAUCCAAAAAUCUUCUUCCAUGGAGUUGUCAAUGGAAGUUAUAGUGCACCGUUUUUCCUGACUCGGUUUAAGGAAGCACUAUACCAUUUCUCAUCAUUGUUUGAUAUGUUUGAGGCUAACGUGCCUCGCGAAGACACACAGAGGACGAUGCUUGAGAAAGGGUUGUUUGGAAGGGAUGCUAUAAAUGUAAUAGCUUGUGAGGGUGCAGAGAGAGUUGAAAGGCCUGAGACCUACAAGCAAUGGCAGAUCAGGAACAGGAGAGCAGGGUUCAAACAAAUCAGGUUAGAUUCUAAGUUAGUGAAUGAAACCAAAGCAAUGUUGAAGAGGGAAUACCAUAAAGAUUUUGUAGUUGAUGAGGAUGGUAAGUGGGUUUUGCAGGGAUGGAAAGGGCGAAUUUUGAAUGCUUUUUCUGCUUGGGUUCCUGUUUAACCUCAAGUCCAAAAGGUGUCAUGUAGUAUCUAUCAUAUGUUGAUAAAAAAUGUAAUGAACUUCUAAUUUACAAUUUCUCUUUGGACCUUCUCCAAUUGAGUUUUUAUUUCAGAUAUUGAUGUUCAUUCACUAGCUAGAUGAUAUAACAUGAGAAUCUCUUUUCCGUGAAACACAAAUUUGCAGCAAAACAUUAAAAAAAAAAGCAAUAUACAGAAGAUAACAGUCCAAUGAAACGCAUUAAAGGCAAAACAGAACUAAUGGACAGUAUUCUUCUUAAAAGUUACUUGAUAGAUAAGCAUACCUUCAUUGAGGUGCCAAGUUUGGCUAUGCAGAAACAAGUCAGCAGUUAUAUAUUUGUAAAGUACUUUGUGCCUUCUUUAUUUCCAUCUUCAUGAACAAUCUUGUAGGAUUUUAUUGUGUUCAACAAUCCCAGAAAAGCACUUUGAACUAUGUACAUAUUUAGAAUUAGCUUAGAUAGUUAUGGCUAUGUGAAGAAAAUUUACCAGGAUGAUGAGUUUUGAUUCACUUAUGAUGUUUAGGAGACCUUGCGAACCUGUAGUUAGGUUUUGGUGGUGUUGG